AUGUACCCCUCUACGUCACCCUCUACGUCAUCCUCUACGUCACCCUCUACGUCACCCUCUACGUCAUCCUCUACGUCACCCUCUACGUCACCCUCUACGUCACCCUCUACGUCAUCCUCUACGUCACCCUCUACGUCACCCUCUACGUCACCCUCUACGUCAUCCUCUACGUCACCCUCUACGUCACCCUCUACGUCACCCUCUACGUCAUCCUCUACGUCACCCUCUACGUCAUCCUCUACGUCACCCUCUACGUCACCCUCUACGUCACCCUCUACGUCAUCCUCUACGUCAUCCUCUACGUCAUCCUCUACGUCACCCUCUACGUCAUCCUCUACGUCACCCUCUACGUCAUCCUCUACGUCACCCUCUACGUCAUCCUCUACGUCACCCUCUACGUCAUCCUCUACGUCACCCUCUACGUCAUCCUCUACGUCACCCUCUACGUCAUCCUCUACGUCACCCUCUACGUCAUCCUCUACGUCACCCUCUACGUCAUCCUCUACGUCACCCUCUACGUCAUCCUCUACGUCACCCUCUACGUCAUCCUCUACGUCACCCUCUACGUCAUCCUCUACGUCACCCUCUACGUCACCCUCUACGUCACCCUCUACGUCAUCCUCUACGUCACCCUCUACGUCAUCCUCUACGUCACCCUCUACGUCAUCCUCUACGUCACCCUCUACGUCACCCUCUACGUCAUCCUCUACGUCACCCUCUACGUCACCCUCUACGUCAUCCUCUACGUCACCCUCUACGUCACCCUCUACGUCACCCUCUACGUCAUCGCUAUUCUAUAAACCAGGAAAUUCAAAAGAACAAAAUAGCGGGAAGAAAAUAGAGGAAAAAAGGAGAAAAACGGAGGAAAAAUGGUAAAAAGAAGAGAUAGAGAGAGGUAUGAAAUCUGGACGUGAGAACUUAAGACUGAG